GGAACUUGGUCAAACAUGGGGUUUCCAUAUGCUUGAUCUGUUCUAUACAGUUCUAUUUAUUCCAUUCCAGACAUUACAUGAGCCUGUCCUCCUAUAGCUCCUCCCUCCAGCCUGGAUUAGAGCCACCAUGCCCAGAAAGGACUCUUUGGUUUAGAUACUACAAACGCACAUUGGUUGUCAUCGGCAACCCUGGAGCUAUAUCAUGGGCUGCCCUGGAAGGAGGCGAAGAGAAGCCCCUGGGGACCACCAGACUCUGGGUUACUACAGGCACCAUCUCAGGACGCCCCCUCUCUGUGGUAAACAUGCCUGGUGCAGUAACCACCACCCAGAGCCAGGGGGCGCUACAGGACUGGGCUAUGGAGUGUCUGUCCCUGUCUGAGUGUUCCAAGGGGAUCCACUCUUUCCUCCUGGUGGCGCCGUUGGGUCGUCUCACAGAGCAGGAGAGAAGAGGGGCUCAAUGCAUCCGAAGGAUGUUCGGAGAGAGGGCCCAUGGCUUCACUCAGGUCCUCUUUACCUACGAGCUGGAGCAGAAGGAUAGUCUUGAGGAUCUACUGAAGGAGAGAGAGGCCAAGAGGCUGAUUGAGGAGUGCGGGGGACGUUUUCACGUCUGCCCAAAGAGCAUUGGUGAAGAGCUGGAAGUCACAGGGUUACUGGGGAAGGUCGACUCCAUUUUGGAUCAGGGCACAGACCCCUGCUACACCGUGGAGAUGUACCAAGAAGCUCAACCGCUAUUGGUGGAGUUUAGGGAGCAGCUUAAGGGCCUAUUGGAUGGCUUUAUCAGACUUAAGGAAAGGAUCAAUGAAAGGGAGAGAAUGCAAGUGAAUGUGGAGAAUUUGGAACACAGGAUCUUCAGAGAGAAGCUAGCGAGGCUUCAAGAUGAGCUCUUGUUGAAGCAGAUGGAGAAAGAAAGAGACAGUGGCAUGGAGGACGAGGCGCUGAGCUUUAUAUAUGAGUUGGACAGGUUAGUUGACAAGCUUGCCCUAAAAAGAGUGAGAGCAGUCGAUGAGGACCAUAAGAGCAGAGAGGACGUGCAGAGGUUUAGGGAGGAGUUGGGGAGGAUGGUGGAUGAAAUGGUUACCAAUCAGAAACACAAGCAUAGACAGAUGUGUCGGGAGAAGGGAGAAGAAGAGUGGGAGCUUCAGAACUUCAGGGAACAGCUAGAAAGACUGAAAAACAACAUGAAAAAGACAGAGAAGAGAGGGGACAGGUAAGAGAAGGGAGGGAAGGAGUUUGUGAAGGGGGCAGGUAAGAGAAGGGAGGGAAGGAGUUUGUGAAGGGGACAGGUAAGAGAAGGGAGGGAAGGAGUUUGUGAAGGGGGCAGGUAAGAGAAGGGAGGGAAGGAGUUUGUGAAGGGGACAGGUAAGAGAAGGGAGGGAAGGAGUUUGUGAAGGGGGCAGGUAAGAGAAGGGAGGGAAGGAGUUUGUGAAGGGGGCAGGAAAGAGAAGGGAGGGAAGGAGUUUGUGAAGGGGACAGGUAAG